AUGGCUCGAAAGAUCCGCAUCGCGGCAGCCCAAAUGGGCGCAACCCAUCUCAAGGACGACAGGAAGGAGACACUAGAUCGAAUGCUUGCCUUGCUCGACGAUGCCGCAUCUCAAGGAGCAGAAGUCGUUUUGUUCCCGGAACUUGCUUUCACCACCUUUUUCCCGAGACAUCUGAUCAACGACCCGGACGAGCUCUCCUCGUUCUUCGAGCAUGGCGGUGUUACCGAAUCACCAUCUGCAAAGCCGCUGUUUGACAAAGCACGGGAGGUGAAGGUAGAUAUAUCUGUCGGUUUCGCAGAAGCCACAGACGCUGGCGAACGCUUCAACAGCUGCGUCUACUACCACGCCAAAACCGGCUCCAUCCUGUCCAAGUACCGCAAGGUCCACUUACCAGGCGACUUUGAGCCCUUCACAGACCCAGAAGCAACGAACCAGCUGGAGAAACGGUACUUUAAGCCCGGCAAUCUAGGAUUCGAAUCCUUCCGCGUCCCAGAGCUUGCCUUGAGCUCAGAACCCAUCUUCGGCAUGAUGAUCUGUAACGACCGCCGGUGGCCGGAAGCAUGGCGAUGUCUUGGUCUCCAAGGCGUGGAGAUGGUGCUCUGUGGCUACAAUACCGCCGGCUUCGCUCCGCAUCUCUGGGGCAGCGAUGCGAAGCAAGAUCCGCAACAGGCGGAAGAGGAUGCAGUGUUCCACCACAAGCUGGUGAUGCAGUCGAACAGCUAUAUGAACGCUACGUUCUCGGUUUGUGCUGCGAGGUGUGGCAUGGACGAUGGGAAGUAUAGCCUCAUCGGCGGUAGUUGUAUUGUCGAUCCCGAAGGCCGGAUUGUUGCUGAAGCGAAGACGAAGGAGGAUGAGGUGGUUGUAGCGGACUGUGAUUUGGAGAUUUGCCGAGCAGGCAAGACCAGGACCUUUGACUUUGGCAGACACCGGAGGACUGAGCAUUACUCGCGGAUCACCGACCAGACCGGUGUCACCGAGCCUUCACCACUCGGUACCAGUGCCAACGGUGGCCCUCCUCCUGCGAACGGCAUCAGCAACGGAACCACCAACAUCAUCCCCUCAAGCUCCUCUUACCCAACGAUCCGCCCCUCCUCCAGCCCAUCCAAGCCGAUCAGAAUCCUCCUAAUAAACCCCAACGCCACGAGAACAAUGACAGCCAACUGCCUCGCCAUGCUCCAGCCCACCCUCCCCCCAGACGUCGAAGUAACAGGCCUCACGGCCCCCUCCUCCGCCCCGACAGCAAUCGAAGGCCACUUCGACGCCGUAAUGUCCGCCGCAGCCUCCAUGCGCGCCGUCCAGCCCCUCCAAGCCCGUGAGUCCUACGACGCCAUGCUCGUAGCCUGCUACUCCGACCACGCCCUCAUCCGCAUGCUGAGGGAAGAAUUCCCAUGUCCUGUCAUCGGGAUCAUGGAAGCGAGUCUGUUCGCUGCGCGGACGUUAGGGGCGCGGUUCGGGAUCGUGGCGACGAGUCGGCGGAGUCGGGUGAUGCAUCGGGAUGCGGUGAGGCAUUAUGGGAUGGAGGGGUUUUGUGCUGGGAUUGAGAGCUGUGAUCUGGGGGUGUUGGAUUUGGAGAGGAAGAGGGAGGAGGCGUUGGGGAUUAUGAAGGAUGUUGCGAAGAGGUUGGUGGAGCAGGGGGCGGAGGUGUUGACGUUGGGGUGUGCGGGGAUGAGUGAUAUGAAGAUUGCGGUGGAGGAGGCGGUGGGCGGUGAUGCGAUGGUUGUUGAUGGUGUGUUGGCUGGCGUGCAGCAUCUGAGUGGACUUGUGAGGAUGGGGUUGAAGACGGCCAAGGGAGGGAUGUAUGCUUCGAGCGCCGCUGGGAGGAAGAGGAGGGGACAGGAGUAUGUUUGA